UCUGUCCAGGAAAAGACUGGCUUGUUAUUUCUGCUUUCUGUCACACUGACUCUCUUUAUUUCUGUACUGGAUUUAAAAAAGAAUCAGAAAUCAGCAAAUAAUGAAGGCAAAGAUCUUAGUGAUUGACUUUUGAAGCCGCCAUUCAGAAAGUGAAAGUCAGGUUCAGAUUUCUGGAGCUCAAACUGUGGAAAUGGCUUCACUAAAUGUAUCCGAAGAUCUUUCUUGUCCUGUGUGCUGUGAAAUCUUCAAGAAUCCUGUAGUUUUAUCAUGCAGUCACAGUGUGUGUAAAGAGUGUCUUCAACAGUACUGGAGAACCAAGACAACUCAGGAGUGUCCUGUUUGCCGGAGAAGAUCUUCAAAAGGUGAACCUCCAGUUAAUCUUGCAUUAAAAAACCUGUGUGAGUUGUUCCUGAAGGAGAGAAAUGAGAGAUGUUCAUCAGCAUCUGAGGAGAUCUGCAGUUUACACAGUGAGAAACUCAAACUCUUCUGUCUGGAGGACAAACAGCCUGUGUGUGUGAUGUGUGUUACUUUACAACAACACGACAAUCACAAAUUCAGACCCAUCAGUGAAGUGGCUUCUUCAUACAAGGAGGAGCUCAAUACAGCACUGAAGUCUUUACAAGUGAAACUGAAACGCAAUGAAGAAAGGAAAGCAGAGUUUGAGAAAACAGUUCAACACAUCAAGUCUCAAGCCGAUCACACAGAGCGUCAGGUUAAGCAUGAGUUUGAGAAGCUUCAUCAGUUUCUCCGAGAUGAAGAAGAAGCUACAAUCACUGCACUGAGGGAGGAAGAGGAGCAGAAGAAGCAGAUGAUGAAGGAGAAGCUGGAGGAGAUGAACACACACAUCUCAGCUCUUUCACACACGAUCAAAGACACGGAGGAGAUGCUGAAAGCCAAGGACGUCUGCUUUCUAAAGGAGUUUCCAGUCUCGAUGGAAAGAGUCCAGAUCUCACAGCCGGAUCCACAGACGCCUUCUGGAGCUUUGAUUCAUGUGGCUGGCUACUUGGGGAACCUGACAUACAGAGUCUGGAAGAAGAUGCAGGACAUCGUCCACUACACUCCUGUAAUUCUGGAUCCAAACACUGCUCAUCCAGGUCUAAUCCUGUCUGAUGAUCUGACCACUUUGAGAAAUAGAAGGAACACACAGCCAUCUCCUGAUAAUCCGGAGAGGUUUGACCAAAUGUACUGUGUUCUGGGUUCAGAGGGUUUCAUCUCAGGGAAACACUGCUGGGAUGUGGAGGUCAAAGAAAGUUUAUACUGGAAUUUUGGAGUAACUACAGCAUCAAACCAGAGGAAGGGGUUCUUUAGCACUGGUGUCUGGAGUGUGCGGUGUGAACUAUCUUUUGGUUCUGGCUUCAUUGUUAAACAGAGUCUUGAGCGUGUGAGAGUUGAUCUGGACUGUGACAGAGGAACAGUGUCUUUCUCUGAUCCUCUUAAAAACACACAUCUACACACAUUCACAACCACCUUCACUGAGUCGGUCUUUCCUUACUUCUAUUUUAAUGAUAUAGUCAAUUGUUUGAAGAUUUUACCAUGUUAAACUGCUUGCAUCAACAGAAAAUCAUCAAAGUUUUUUAAAAUCCAUUGCUGAGGAUUAUAGGUCUUCAAUUUUGCACUUUUUACUAGACGUAAAAAAAAAAGUCUUUUGCUUCUUUAGAAUGGGUCCGUGAAGUUUUAGGUCAAAAUACUCAUCAGAUUCUUUAUUUUACCCCCCUGAAUAUGCCCAUUUUGAGCUCAAAGCAAGGUGUAGCUGCUUUUUGUAGCCUGUGCCUUUAAAUGCAUAUGAGCUGGUUCAUACUUCCCAUGUGCGUGUCUGCUUCUACUUCUGCGUCACGUCAGAUAAACAGCAGCAGAGGUGCAGUUUAUGAGUCAAAUAUAGCAAGUAAGUUUAUUUGAUGUAUUUAUCAACCUGGGCUCAUUGUGG